CAAAGCCAUUUUUGACGAGUCACACGAUAAGAGCAGGAUGACGCUGGUUUUCUUGACGGCAGUCCUGACGGUUCUUCUCACGUCUCCAGCAGCGCUGGGCUUUAGGAUGGUAGACCUUUUCAGGUCAUCUCGACAAUCGGUCAAGUCACCUGCAGGUGCUCUCGUCGGUGUGAUUAUGCAAGAAUUGGACGCUGACAACGAUAGUACGGUGUCGUUGUCUGAACUGGGACAUUAUGUUGACACGAAGUUGGGGAGAAUUGGGCCAAAUGAGCGCACUACUGCUGAGGCCAAAGGCUACAUACUGACGCUAGGAAGCCUGGUGGAUGUCGACAAUAAUGGGGCGGCUGACAAAAGUGAGUUAGAACGAGCCACAUCUCUGUUAGUGAGUCUCGCAGGGGAUAUACAAGUGGGAAGAGUACUGGACAUGCUGCUUGACAUUAACGGACAUCGUGUGGAUAUGACUGUAAGUUUUGUGAUCAUAUCUUACAAUAUCAAACUUUUUUAG